AUGACAAAGGUAUUCAAUGGGAUGAGUGUGCCACAAUUGUCGGAAAAUACCAAUUACGACAAUUGGUCUUUGCAGAUGAAGGUUCUUCUUGGAUCCCAAGAUGUAUGGGACAUAGUGGAGGACGGGUACAUUGAACCCGCGGAUGAUGAGCAUCAGACUGUGAAACAGAUUGCUGCAUUGAAGAAGACACGAGUGAAAGACAGAUCGACUUUGUACUUUCUGUAUAAUGCAGUGGAUGAAUCUGGAUUCGAGAAAAUAGCUAAUGCAAAGUCAGCAAAAGAAGCAUGGGAAAUUCUGAAGGUGGCAUACAAAGGAGAUACUCGUGUGAUGCAGGUUCGAGUACAAGCUCUCAGAAGAGAGUUUGAACAUAUGGAGAUGGAUGAAAAUGAGGGAAUUGCCGAUUUUAUAGCUCGAGUGCAGAAGAUGGUCAACCAACUCAGAAUGAAUGGAGAAGAGGUUCCUCCUAAUCGGGUUGCGGAAAAGAUCUUGAGAAAUUUGACGGAUGAUUUUGAAAGUAUCGUGGUCACUAUUGAACAGACAAAGGAUUUGUCAACUCUCACUGUGGAGGAGUUAGCUGGAGCCGAGGUCCUGGCGGUAGAUGGCGAGGAGGACGAGGACGAGGUGGACGUGGCCGAGGUAGGAUUAAUGAAGAUCAAACCGAUCACCAGAAUUGGCAUGACCGAAGACAAGGAAAAGACCGAGGAGAUCAGUCAAGAGUGGAGUGUUUUAAGUGUGGCAAGUACGACCACUAUGCAAACGAGUGUACGUCAACAAAGUGCUACAACUGUGGCAAGUUUGGUCAUAUUGCAAAUGGACAUGGAGAGCCCAAUCUCAAUAGUGGAUGAACUGAUCUCGGUAAAAGGUGUGGCAAAUGUGGAAAAGGAACUCAAACAAAAAGAUGAAGAGAUUCAGCGAAUAGGGAGGCUUCUGGAUGAAGCUAAUGAAAUUAGGAAUAAACAGAGGGUUGAACUUGAGGAGUUGAAGAAGGCGGCUCUUGAAAAGGAAGAUAAAGCAUCUAGCGUUUUUGAACUAGAUAAAAAUAGGGAAGAAGAUGAAGAAGAGAUGAAGGAUGAUGAGAUUUCUACCAACUCGGUAUGGUAUCUAGAUAGUGGAGCAAGCAAUCAUAUGUGUGGGAACGAGAACUUUUUUUAUGAAUUCACCAAGGUGGAGGCCAAAUUUGUGUCUUUUGGAGAUGACUCCAAGGUGGCCGUGAAAGGGCAUGGAACAAUUCAGCAUAUUCAGAAUAAUGGACGAGUUGAAGAGAUUAGGGAUGUUUAUUAUGUUCCAGAGUUGAAGAGCAAUAUUUUAAGCAUGGGUCAGAUAAUUGAAAAAGGUUGUCCAAUUGCUUCGUAUCUUUCAGGGUCGUCCGGUCCUACAGUACCACAGCUCAGGUCUUUGGGUAGCAUAGUAGCACCUUCUUCUUUUGCUAGUUUCGUCAUAGAAAAUGUUGCGUCUUUGGGAUCUCUUAUGACAUUUCUUUUUGCAUUCUUUUUUCUAAUAAUAAUGAGCAUCGUGCAUCUUUUCUCAUUUGAGGAGUCAUCUGGUAGAGACGACGGGGAUCUAGCUAGUAGAGCGGGUAGAGCUGUCAACGUUCAUCUCCAAGCUUUGUGUUAUCUUCUUACCUCGAGACAACCAAGCGAGAGGGUAGUUCAGAGCCUCAAUUCCCUUAUAUAUGGUAAAGGGCUAUCAAUGGGAUAA